UUGUAUACUUGUGUAAUGAAACAUUUAAAAAUCUUUCUAAUAUCUGCGAUUAUUUAAAAUUGCUAUUUCUCAUAUUACAAUGAGGAAAGUUGGCAGUAAAAGUUUACAGUAAUCCACGCGUAUUUUACUUGCCGAAAAAGCAUAAAAUAAGGACUCGACUACUAAAGUAUCCUGUAUCUGAAAAUCUAUAGGCAUAGAGUUAUAUUCAAGUGUUAUAUAUAAGAAAUGGCAGAAGCACAUGCUUCAAGUGAGGAGAAGAGUGUCGUCGUUUCUCCUGUUAAUUCCAUAGAAGUUGCUGAAGCAAUUUAUGGCGUGACGCAAAAUGAAAAUAUGUUUAAGGAACUUGUAAACGUGAAGAACUGUAAUCAACUUCACGUUGGGUCAAAAAUUGAAUUUCAUUUGUCAGAAUCGAAAGCAAGUUCCUCAAAGAAAGAAGACAAAGAAAGAGAUGCAAUGUUGAAUAGUUGUUGCCAGAUGCUGAAAAACAAAUACAAGACUUACUUUUCUUACAUGAGAUCCUUUUUGUGGGAGGGCAAAAAAAAAGUUUUCCAUUAAAAGAUUAUUUCGUAGAAUUGACUGUAGAGAAGGCAGAUUUAUUUGGAAAAAAUAGCGGAGAGAAAAUAAGCCUGAAUGAGAUGUUUUCCAUUCAAGAAGGCGGACACCAAACUAUUUUAGUUACGGGGGAUCCCGGUUAUGGCAAAUCUACUUUGUGCAAGAAAAUUGUGUACGAUUGGGCAACCACUGAUUACCUCAAACACUUUGAUUUAACUUUUAUUGUAAUUUUACGAGAAUUAGGCGAUAAAAGUGUAAAGGAUGCAUUACUCGAUAAUAUGCACGAAUACUUGUCAAUUAAUAAAGAUUGGAAAUUUCAAGACAGACAAUUAGAUUAGGUUAGAUUAGGUUAGAUUACAUUAGAUUGGGUUAGAUGAAAUUGUAGAAAAGUCAAAAAUUCUGAAAUUUAUAAGAGAAGAAUCGUUUCAUAUUACUUAUCAAAUGACUAUUGUGGUUACGAGUCGACCUCAAGCCGCUGAAGAUAUUAGGGAAGACAUGAACAUGCGACUUUCGUUAGAGGGAUUUUCUCCAGAAUAUCAAAAAAAUACAUUCGAAUAAUGUUUAAAGAACACAAAAGUAAAGCCAAGGAACUCUAUUGUGCACUGAAAGAAAUCGGAUUUUACAAAAAAAUAUCAGAAUGUCCACUGAUGCUGCAUAUGUUGUGUUGCCUUCAUCAGAAUGGAGAAAUAGAAGAACUUGAAACGAUGACUGAUUUAUACAUCAGAAUAUUUACUCUUAUAUCAGAACGUUAUGUUAGAAAAACAAAUUAGCAGAGAA